CCAGUAAAAAUAAUGUUUUGCCUAAAAACGAGAAAAACAAGGUGGAACAAAUUAUUCUUAAUUCCCAGGUAGAACAUUUUGAGGUAGAACAAACCAAUUCCAGUCAAAAGGUAGAACAUUCUGCUAAUUCUCGGGUGGAACAAAAUUUUCCAGUUGAACCUUUAACGGGGGUGGAACACAAAGAGCCUGAAAUUCAGGUAGAACAAUUUGCGAUGGAGCGGCCAAGGGAAACUAGACGGGUAGAACAAAUUGUUGAACAAAACAAACAGGUCGAGACAGAAACCAAGCUUGUAACACCCGAAGUUAGUCCCACUAAAUUAGUAAACUCCGAAUCGUCUGUCAAACUUGCUGAGAAUGUUCCCCUCAAAGUUGUAGACCAAAUUGAUACCGGAAAGUUUUUAAAAGAACUAGGAUUUAAGGUUAAAGAAAAAGGCUAG